CUGCCGUUUGCCUCAAUAAGCGCUCAGCCUUCCCUUCCGUUUCCUUUCCCUUCCCUUCCUUGGCUCGCCGUGGGACCGCUCUCCGCUCCAGCCCCUGGGCAGCCCCAAGCGGCUGUUUGCAGGGCCUGGGGCUACCCGGGACGGUGCAGGGGGGACCCUCAGCCGGGCGUCGCUGACGUUGUUCCUCAGGUGCCCCCCCCCCCCCCCAACCCCAUUUCCCCGCCGGGCGAUGGACGCGUCGAAGGACUUCUUCGGCAAGCUGCGCGCCCUGGCCCUCUCGCUGGAGAAGGAGACGAAGCGGCUCGAGCGGGCCCUUCGCAAAGAGGACACGGACUCUGAAGAUGAAUCUCCAGUAAGAGUCUUACAUGAUCUCCACUGUGAAAUCAAGACUCUGAAGGGAGGUCUUGAUGCCAGACUUGCUGAGAGUUGCUCUGAAAAACAACAAAUUUCUGAAUUCAUAAAAGCAAGUGAAAUAUUGAUGCGAAGAAAUGCAGCAGAUCUUGGAAAAAUAAGAGAGCUGUUCCAGAAAUAUGACUCUAAACUACGUGUUGAAGACUGUACAGAAGAGGCAGAAGUAGAAGAUAGCAGUGAUUCGUCAGUGUCUGUCCAGAAUAAAUUCAACAAAGGAAAAUCAGAUGAUGCACCUCAUCCUCCUAGUUGUACUAAGAAGCCAGUGGUGCCCAAAGACCCAAUGAGUAAUCCCCAGCUUUCUGAUUAUGGUCUUUCGCAAUACGCUUUCUCCAGGCCUUGGAGUGCAGUGAGAGGACAACAAACAAAUGCAUAUCAAGAAAAUAGGACUCCAUUAAAAACACAGACUCCCUCUAAUUUGCCGAAAACACCAAAAUGUACACUAAAGAUGGAUGAUUAUGUGUGUGCAACACCAAAACUUGAACACUUUGGCAUCAGUGAACAUACCAUGUGUAUGAAUGAAGAUUAUACAAUGUCACUUAUUCGUAAAACUGAGACAAGCAAGAAGUUGAUUAAAAAAGAUGAUCAUCAAGUGAAUGUACCAGAAAUGACAUCCAAGCAAAUCAUGGUUACUCCUCGGUCAAAACCAAAAGUGACAGCUGAGAAUGCAGCUGACUGGAUGGCUUCUCCUAUGAUGCUUGUGUACCGUACUACUGAUGCGAACAGCACUUCCAAAACAAAUAGUACAGUGUUAUCAAGGUCACCAGAGACAAAUGAACGGCCUCUUCCCAGUCAUGCAGAAACACCAAAGUUUCCAGAUUUUGAAACAAGAUGGCUAAAAACAGAAGCUAAGCAGGUGAAGCAGGGUGUAAAGACUAAGUCAGUGACAAAGAAUGAUGCAAGAGAUAAGCAAGAAGAUAGCAUUCCUUUUGCUGUGAGCUCUGAUGAGUAUCUUAAACAUUUCGGAGACCCUUCUCCUCCUGAAAUAAAACACUAUGACCAGUUACUCAGUACUCCUCCACCUCCAGAAAUAACAAGGAUACCAGAUGACGUUCUACAGUUUCUGUCCAAGUAUAAUCACAAAAUAGAUUCUUCUAAAGCCAAGAAAAUGGAGACCAAGACAGGAAAUACUACAGGAUAUGAAAGUGAUUUCACUGAUUACUACAACAAAGAGAACAGCAGAAAUCCUGGAUUUUUCAAGCCAAACAUCUAAAAUCAAGCUGCAGACCAUGUUGAGACUGUUUCACAUUCAUGGAUCUUAUAACUGAAUCAAAAUGAGCUCAAAAAGCAAAAGAAAAUACUGGUGGGAGGAGAGCCAUACCAAGGAAAAGCUUUUUUAAUGGAGAAAAAAUACUUAUCCAUGAUGUGGGUAAAGUUCUUUGGACUACAACUUGUGCUUAAUUUUUUAUUGAAACUAUUGGCAAAAUAUAUUGAGAGUUUUUAAAUAUAUAUAUUCUUCAAAGAGGACUAGGAUCGGGUAUGAGGUAUUAUCUCAGUUGUUUCACCUAAUUCUCAUGUUUGUUGUGUACGCUUGUUUGCAGUAGACGGUAGAGAGGUGUAGGUAGAUUGCAGUAAAGGAAAAGUCCAGUAUAUUGCCCCAGAAAAUGGAUCUCUCUGGCUGUUUUGGUAACAAUCCACAUCUUCCAGGGCUGAGUUUGAACUGUAGUGCUUCAACAGGAUUUGCUAUCUUCAGCAGAAACAAGUCAGGUCUGUGUUACCUGUCUGACAGACGGGCAUUUCUUACACUGCUGCUUCUUUCUUACUAUAGUUUUCUUACACUGACAUCAUACUAGGUGCUAUACAUCUGGUUUCCUUUUGAUACUCUAAGGUCUGUAGCCCUAAAAGGUGACCCUGGCUCGAAUAUGAGUUAUUUGAAAAUAUAUUGUGCAAUUAGUACUGGUUAUAUGUAUCUUCAACUUUUGGAAAGAUCUGCUGGCAGGCAUGUAGGUGAUUGCUUAUUCUCCUGCGCUGCUGCCACAUGUAAGUCCUCAGGAUAUGCAAACAUCUGGAGAUGCUCAGAAGUAUUGCUCCAGUUGCUUAGAUGGGCUUGUCCUGGCUAAAACCUAGCAAGUAAAGGAGCCUUUUUCCUGCUAUUCCAGUCAUUCUCCAGGAUGAGUGUAUAUCAAAUUAACUGGAAAAGCUGAUUUUGUACUAGUUCUAGCCUGAGCGCACUGUCAUUUCUGUGUGCUAACUUCUGUUUAAAAAUAAGUAUGUGUGUUUAUGUGUCAGUCUUAGAGAUUGAGCAACACAUCUAAAUACUAAACAAAUCUGUCUUGGACGCUUGGUGGCUGCUUGGAAAACUAAUCAUCUGGUGCUAUAAAAGCAUUUACAUUUACCCAACUCCUUCAGAGGGUGAAGGCCAGACCUGCUUCCAGCACCUUCACAGACUAAAAACCAUUUAAGGGGCUGCAUGCUAGUCAUAGAAUUUCAUAGUUUUAAAAAGAUACAAAGUAUUUUGCUGCAGAGCAAGAGUCCUUCAGCCAGACAGGUUUACCAGCACUAAGCAGGGGGGUUUCACAGCCUGCAUUCUCCCUCCACAGCGCUCCAUGGCUACUUCCUUGCCCUGAGGCAAGCCAGAUAUCCUGAAACACUCCAUUUAACAUGAAAUGAGACAAGCAGCACCGCUGUCCCAGACCUUGCUGUAUUCCCACCACCACCAGCCUUCAACUAAUGAAAUUCCCAAAAGGGCUUAUAGAUGACCUUUCCCUAAACUUGAGAACAACUAACUACGCACUCCACUGUCCUUCCCUCUGUUAGGGAACUGUAGAGUUGCACCCAGCAAUGCUGAGGUUCUCACCAUAAGCUGUUUGCAUCAUUUUUCUUGUCUGUUAAACAAUGUUUUCUUCUACAUUUCAUAGUUAUUAACUAAUAGGAAAGGGCUUCAAUUAAUAUUUUGAGGUACAAAUUAUCUUUGACAAUUGAAAUCUUAAAAUCUUCUGAUCUACUCAAGCUAUUAUGACAUGAUGCUGGCAUGAGACUUUUUUGGAAUCUAUAAAUGAAUUUUUACUAGGUAGUUUUGGUUUUCUUGCCUACAGUAUUGCCUUAAUACAAGUAAUAUUGCUGUUCGUACUUACAUUUUCUUUAUAUCAGGACCACUGCUCUGAGGUGGAUAUAAUCAGAGUAGUAAACCAAAAACUAGUUUUAAUUUGUCCUGCUUUACCCUUGAAAACCUUUUAGGUUUCAGUAAGGCCUAAGCAGUGGUUUGAGUAUUGGGGAUGAGGGAGGGAAAGGUUGGCAGAAGUGAAAGCAUAAGCAGUGUUGGAAACGGAUCUGUGUUCAAAAUAAGCUGGGGAGGGAAAGUUCUGUGGUUUGUUGUGUCUUUUUCUUUUUUCCUAUUCAGAUCAGUUCUCUCACACAGGUGGUUGUGUGGCCAUCUGGUAAACUGCAGAAGUCCAAGUACUGGAACAACCAAGGAUGUAACCGUGGGGCUGGAGAAGGGUAAAACUCCCCUUAAACCAGUAUUGCUGCUGAAGAAAGGCUAGUCUUGCUGUACGCUAAAGUAAUGUAACAUGUCAGAGUAAUGCAAAGGAACUUAAAACAAGUUACAUGUUGGUUUGAUGUGGGGUCAAUCUGAUAACUGCAUUAGCCUGUCAGAAAGUGCAGUUUGGGUAAACGGUAGCUAAUAAAGUAGCAAACACAGUAGCUCUGUAGGGGUCAGUCAUCACCUGAAAACAGGCAAAAAUGACUCGGGGUACGGUUCUGCGUUGUGCUCAAUUCAGUUACACUGGCGGCUGCUUCUGCUAGAGGCUGUUUCACCAGUUCUCUUGCCACAGAAUUUAGGGCUUGUGCGGUUUUACAAUGGCUUCCUUCCAUUUGCUGAGCCACUGAAAGGCCAGUUAAUUUUGUUUUGUCUUCUAGUUUGUCCUCCCCAACAUUAAUCUCAAACUCUGCUUCUGCCUGCGGGAGCGCUAGAUCAGAUCUAAGGGAAAGGUGAGAACGGGGUCGCAUCUUCUAGCGGUCGCCUGCAGUUGGAAAAGGUUGAGCCCAGCACAAAAUUGUACUUCAGUAUUUAGGGACAUCUGGGAGGCAGCCAAAAAAGCAUAACCUUUAAUUUUCCUUUAUUUGCUGUGGUUCUUAACCUUUUUUUCAUGUAUAUCAAAUGUGUCAGCUCACAGAAGCUUCUCUCCAUAAUUCCAUUUGUUGUCAAAGGAAACUCAAUUGUUCUGCCUAGGAAACCCCUUAAGGUGGUCAGAGCUUUCUUAUCUUGGAAAUACUUUGCCUGAGGCUAUAAUACAAGUACAGAUCUUGCAGCAGAAUGAAACAUCCCAGAUGGUUGCUAAGUGGAUAAAUGACAAGCGUCACCUUUAGUGCUUCCUGUUGUACUUUUAUUGAUGUUUUUAUAAAUCAUUGGAGCAAUAA